AUGGACGCCGACGAGCUCUCUGCGCUGCCCCCAGAGGGCUCUUGGAAGCGCUCGACAAGGAUACGCACGACGUCCCUCAACCCCCGCUACGCCUACACCAAUCCAAGCCCCGCCACGACGCGCGCAGAGUCGCCCUUCAGGCCCCCAUACACAAGCCCUGAUAUAACACACUCGGAUGUGCCUACCAUCCUCGCCCCGACGCCCCGCCGCCACCUCCUCGAGAGCUCCGCCAGCCAGCAUUGGCUCAACACGCCCCCGCUGUCCCCGCUCACCUCCGCCCGCGCGCUCUCCCCGCAGAGCACAACCUCCACCGCGUUUCCCUUCCCAUUCCCACCGAGCGCCUCGUCAUCGGCACACAAUACGAAUAACAGCAGCGUGCGGCGGCGCAUCUCGGCGUCGACGCACCGGCGCAGCUUCAGCGCGCUGUUCGAGCAUGACAUCAAGGCGGGCGGGGCGUCUGGGCCUGUGUCGCCUGGUGGGAGGGCGGUAGGCAGCACCACUUCCACACACACGCACACGCACAAGGGCCACGAGCCAGACGAGCGCGCGAUGGGCAGGCGGUGGAUCAGGUGGAUGCACAAGCGUGGACUCAAAGCGUGGGUCGUGCCUGCCGUCCUCGCCACCUCGCUGCUGGUAAAGCUGGCCAUUGGUCUGGGGUCGUAUUCCGGCCAGGGUACGCCGCCUAUGUACGGCGACUAUGAGGCGCAGAGGCAUUGGAUGGAGUUGACGGUCCAUCUCCCGAUGAAGCAGUGGUAUACCUACGAUCUGCCGUACUGGGGCUUGGACUAUCCCCCCUUGACCGCUUAUGUUUCCUGGAUAUGCGGGAUUGUUGCACACUGGAUCAACCCUGCAUGGGUGGCGUUGGACAAGUCUCGUGGGAUCGAGAGUGCGGAAAGUAAAGUGUUUAUGCGGAUGAGUGUGUUGGUGACAGAUACGCUGGUUUAUCUCCCGGCUUUGUUGAUGUUCUGUCGGAUAUGGCAUGGAAGCCGCUCGAAACGAACCCAAGAGCUUGCGCUCUUGACACUGAUUCUACAACCUGCCCUGCUGUUAAUUGACUUUGGCCAUUUCCAGUAUAAUGCCGUCAUGCUUGGUUUUACAUUACUUGCGAUGAACUUUUUCGCGACUGGUCAGGAUCUUUUGGGCGCGUUCUUCUUUGUCCUCAGUCUGGGGUUCAAGCAAAUGGCUUUGUAUUAUGCCCCUGCAAUUGGAUCAUAUCUAAUCGCAAAGUGUUUGUAUCUCGGUCCUACGGAAGGGUCUAGACUGUUCGUGCGCCUGGCAGCUGUGACUGCUGGUACCUUCAUAGUUCUCUUCUUACCUUGGCUACCACCCUUUGCACCAUUCACCGCCAUCGCUCAACCCAUAAAGCGUAUUUUCCCAUUUGCGCGUGGUCUGUUUGAGGACAAGGUGGCAAACUUUUGGUGUGCUUCAAAUGUUGUGUUCAAGUGGAAGGCAUGGGCAUCCGCAAGUGCGCUUGUCAAACUCUCGACGCUGCUUACAGCUGUUGGAUUUUUGCCUGGGGUGGUGGGAUUGAUUAGAUCUGGGUUCAAAAUGCAAUCUUUGACGAAGAACAAGGAACCCACGCCGUUCCUACCGCUGCUGCCCUAUGCGCUUCUUACUUCGUCCAUGUCGUUCUUCCUGUUUUCGUUCCAGGUACAUGAAAAAACGAUCUUGUUGCCCUUGAUGCCGAUCACGCUUCUGCUGUCUGGGUCUCCUAUCGACUCUGCUGUGUAUUCAUGGGGUGCAUUGGUGAAUAAUGUGGCUGUCUUCAGCAUGUGGCCGCUGCUAAAAAGAGAUGGACUGGGAGUCCAAUAUCUCGCUAUGUUGUUGUUGUGGAAUAGACUGAUUGGAUAUAACCCUAUACGAAUACCCCCCAAAUCGUUUAUUCAACUGUUUUCUUUGGCUGUGUACGGCGCAGCAAUUGCUUUGCAUGUAUUGGAGUUGACGAUCUCUCCACCUUUGAGAUACCCAGAUAUAUACCCGGUACUGAAUGUGCUGAUCAGCACGCCUGUGUUUUUCCUGACGUGGUUGUGGAGUAUCAAGUGCGGGGUGGAGGUUGGAUGGGCGGUGGGGGGACUGGGCAAGGCGGGGCCGGCUCGGCAGGCGGGGGAUGCCGGUGGGGGUGAGGGAGUUGGAGUUUCUGGGGUUGACAGGAGGAACCGCGUAGUCAGUCUGGCAGAGCGGCCGUCAGUUGAGACUUAG